AUGAGUGAAUCAAGUAAUAGUUGUUCAAGUGAUAGCGAUUAUAAGCCAUCGACUCAUUCUAAAUCCAUCCUAAUUCCUAUUCCAGCUACUCGUUCUCUUCGUUCAAAGUCAAAAGUAUCUCGACGUAGUACUAGUGUACCGAGAGAUUUAGAUAAUAGUAAAGAUAUUUUGAAUAAAUCUAUUCGUGCUAUAGGUAGUACGGACAGCCUUCUAAACCAUUCCAAUUCUUUAUUAGACGAAUUAUUAAGUUCAAACACUCAAACAAAUUCUAUUCAGACUUCUAUUAAAUGCAACUCCUAUAAUCCUAUUACUCCUACAUCGACUACCAAUUCUAACACGUUCAUGUCUAUUUCUAUGUCUGCGUCUACUUCUACGUCCACGUCUAUUUCUACAUCUGCGUCCAUUUCAACGUCCACAUCAACUUCUACUUCAACGUCCACUUCUACGUCAGCGUCCACUUCUACAUCAGCGUCAACUUCUACGUCAACAUUAAAUUGUGCAACAGCACCACCUUCCACUUCGACUAUCGUUUCUACAUCCACAACACCAACUACGUGUUGGUAUACGUUAGCGACAAAUUACACCCCAGAAGUCAAAACAGCAGGUACAAGUCAAACUCUCACGAAGGUAAACCUAACGAACGCCUUGCACGAUUCAGAAACCAAGUGGGGACCUGAAAAAAUAAAAGCUAGUGUUUACCCACCUACUAACUUGCUACUCCAUCAAGACUAUUUGUCUUUAAUGGCAGAAGAAGACAAUAUGCCCUGUGGUAGUAAAACAAACGAGUCAAAUAGCAAUAGAAUGAAGAAAGCAGAAGAGGUGAAAAUACCAAUGAGUGAAGUAAAAGUGCUCAUUGAUCAAUAUAUGGAACAAUACUUUCAAAAUAAUUCUAACUCUUUCAACGCCAAUCUACAUCAUCCACCUCCUUCAAACACGCAAAUAGGGUUACAAGACGCUAUAAGGUUGCUUCCUAAUUCUUUUGAUGGAAGAGAUGUGGAGCAAUUGGAAAUCUUUUUGGAAAAAUGUGAAUUUGCAGUAGAAUGUGUAGUACCGGUGGCCAUUCCACGGCUACUACGAGCAAUUCAAACUCGACUGUCUGGUAAAGCAAGGCAGGUCACAAAAUACAAAAGCUUUGAAUCAUGGGAUGAUCUUAGAGAUACUUUGAAAUCGAAUUUAGAGCCUCAGAGAACAACCCCACACCUUUAUUUGGAGCUAUAUGCUACAAAGCAAUUGCCAAAUGAGGACAUACUAUCAUAUUCAAUGAAAAUUGAAAAGCUACAAAAUCAAAUAAUCGAACAGGAGACGUCAGACAAACAUCCAGAGGUAGCCAAAGCGAUAGAACAAACGAUUAAUAACCAAGUAAUCCAAGUGUUUAUGGAAGGACUCGGAAACUUGAAAGACUUUAUAAAAGCACGGAAUCCUUCAACUCUUGAAAAAGCUAUUCAAGCAGCCAAAGAAGAAGAAAGGAUAAGACUUUCAAAUAUAGGAGCAAAACAAUAUUUGAAAGAUAGACCACUAAAAAAUUCUAAUUCACAAUAUUCUACAUCACAAAAUUCUACUUCCAGCACAAGCUANAUCACAAAAUUCUACUUCCAGUACAAGCUGUCAUUUAUGUGGUCAAAAGGGACAUUUUGCUAA